AUGGUUCAACGUUUAACUUAUCGUCGUCGUUUAUCGUACAACACGAAAUCAAAUCGUGUCAAAGUCGUCAAAACUCCGGGUGGUAAAUUAAUUUAUCAGUAUAUCAAAAAACGUGGUACAUUACCAAAAUGUGGAGAUUGUAAAGUUCCAUUACAUGGAAUUAAAGCAUCAAGACCUAAACAACGUAUGUCAAUGUCAAAACGAUUGAAAACAGUGUCUCGUACAUACGGUGGUUCUCGUUGUCCAAAAUGCGUUCGUCUACGUAUUGUUCGUGCAUUUUUAAUUGAAGAACAACGAAUUGUUGCAAUGGUUAUGAAAUCAAAGAAAAGUACCGAUGACAAACAACCAGCAAAACCCACACCAAAAUGA